UUUGGAUACUUUUCAAUUACCCAAAAUAAAUUUUUUAAGAAGCCCAAUGCCUCCCUCAAUGUCUGCACCAAGUUCUCAAUCCUCAAAUAUAAGCAUGGCUCAGCAACGGCUUUCAGCAGCACAGCAACAAAUGCGCCAACCAAUGCCACCAGGGUUUGACCCAAAUAUUGGCGGUCAACCUUCAAGUUCAUUGCCUCCAGGAAGUUAUAUACAAGGACAACAAAUCAUGGCUGGUCCUCCUCCACCUCACAAUCAGCAACAAUUUUCUUCUUUUCCACAGCAUCCAAGACAAAACAUGUACGGGGCCAAUUCUGUUAGACUAGCUCAUGGUGGUGCCUUACCCCAACAAACUAUUAGACAAGGAUUUCCUCCGAAUAUGUCAGGGCCACAACAAAUUAUGAAAGACAUUGUUCGUCAACAAAAUCCUCAUCCAGGUGCUGUAAUGUCAAAUGCCCCAACCCCUCCAACUCAAGGAAGAGCAGGGACAAUGAUAUUGAAUCAAAAUAUGGUUGGUCAUAACUCUUUUGAUGGGGGGAAUCAUCAUCAACAACAAUUCCAACCUAUGCCUGGAGGAGGGCCACAUCAAAGAUUACCUCUGUCUGAAUCUAAUAAUGGAUAUAUUAUACAAGGAGGACAAAUGAUAAGUACAUCUUCACAUCAACAAAUGCCUUCUUUUAUGAAUGCUGGUCAACAACAAAUGGGGCCACAACAUAGAAUGCCUCAUCCACCCGGUUUUGGUUCUACUGGGCAUCAGAUAAUGUCUGGUCCUUGUGGUCCAGUAGAAUCAUCAGCAAUGAUGGGUGGUGGUCCUAUGCAACAACAAAUUAAUUCCGGUCCAAAUUCUCAACCUGUAAUGGUAAAUGGAAAUCAAGCAAUACAAGGAGGACCUAGACAUCCCGUCUCUUCUGUACCUUCAUCACAAUCUCAACAUGGAAUUAUUUCUCAAGUUCAAGGUGGAAUAAUGAUGAACGAUCCUGGCCAACAACAACCAAUGCGUAAUCAACCUGGUCCAAGUGGUGGUGGACUACCACCACAACACCUCCCACCACCAUCACAACAAUUGGUGGGUACUACACAGCCACAAGAUCCUGAAAAACGAAAAUUAAUUCAACAACAAUUAGUUCUUUUGUUGCAUGCACAUAAAUGUCAACAGCGAGAUAAGGUGGAGCCCCAAAAUCGUAGCCACUGCAAUCUUCCCUAUUGUAGUACAAUGAAAGGUGUUUUGGAGCACAUGGUAAAAUGUACAUAUGGGCGUCAAUGUCAAUUUGCUCAUUGUGCUUCUUCUCGCCAAAUAAUUUCUCAUUGGAAAAAUUGUACUAAAGAAGAUUGUCCUGUGUGUAAUCCUGUUAAAAGAUAUACACAUCAACAAGGUGCCGCUGGUGGUGAACAUAAACAAGAUAUGAUCUUAAAUCCUUCAAACUUUGGUGGGGGUGGUCCAAUGUUACAGCAUUCAUCAUCAUCAGCUGCUUCUGGUGCUGGUCCUUCUUGCUCAUCAAUACCAUCACAACCUCAAAGUCAAGUUUCUUCUCAACAAAUGUUUGGAUCGCCACCAUCUCAAGCAACAACAGUCAAUACUUUAUUGGAUGGAUACAAUCCAAAUCCAUUCCGUUCAACAAAUCCUCCAAACAAAACUGGUGGUCAAGGUAGUGGACAACAACAGUUUUCAUCAAAUGAUGGAAUGCCUCUUCCUGAACCGCCAGCAACUACUAGAGAUUGGCAUGCUUCUAUAACUCCUGAUUUGAGAAAUCAUUUAGUUGGAAAAUUGGUUAAGGCCAUUUUUCCAUCACCCGAUCCUGCUGCAAUUCAUGACCAACGCAUUCGUGAUUUAAUCACAUAUGCUCGAAAGGUCGAAAAAGACAUGUUCGAACAAGCGCCAGAUAAAGAAGCUUAUUAUCAUAUGUUAGCAGAAAAAAUUUACAAAAUUCAAAAAGAAUUGCAAGAAAAGAAAAACCGACGAUUAAAUGAACAACAAAAUCAACAACUUGGAGGAGGACAAUUACAACAACAGGCAGAUUUACAACAACAUCAUCAAGCAUUGAUACAUCAACAAUCAGUACAUAUUAGAGAAAUAAAGCAAGAACCAAAAGGUGAACAACAACAGCCUCAAGGGAAUCAACCAAUGUUAAAUUUUGUUGAUCAAAUACCUAAUAAACGUCCAAAGAUUGAGGAACCUGAUAUUCCAUCAAACUCAGAACUAUCAUUAUCAAUUAAAAUGGAAUUAACUAAUAAUACUAACACCAACAUAUUUCCAUCAACAUCUUCAGAAUCUGCUUCAACUAUUAAUACUAAUAGGCGUCCUACAACACCUAAAGAAUCUAAGCCAAGCACUUCAACUGCUCCUCCUGAACCUAUAAUUCGUGAUCCAAAGAUAUUUAGUGCUAAUGAAUUGAGAAGCCAUUUAUUACCAGUAUGGCAAAAAUUGUGGGAUACUGAACCUGAAUGUAUACCUUUCCGUUUACCUGUAGAUCCGGAGUCGUUAAACAUUCCGGAUUACUUUGAUAUUAUUAAAAAUCCAAUGGAUCUUAAAACAAUAAAAGAUGGGCUAGAUCAAGGAAAAUAUAAAAAUCCAUGGGAGGUUUGUGAUCACAUGUGGCUAAUGUUUGAAAAUGCUUGGCUCUACAAUCGUAAAAACACAAAAGUCCACAAAUGGUGUACUCGUUUAAGCGAAAUAUUUAUUGAAGAAAUUAAUCCAGUAAUGAGACAAAUGGGUUAUUGUUGUGGUCAAAAACUUUCAUUUACUCCAUUAGUUCAAUUUUGUUUUGGAAUAACUAAAAAUAAUGCUGCUUGUGUUAUUGCUAGAGAUCAACCAUAUUUUAUGUAUGAAUGUAGUUCUAGCGGUUUUGGUGUUACUGUUGCUGAAAAAUAUAUUUAUUGUGUUAAAUGUUUUGAAGCUUUGCCUGAAAAGGGAAUUAAUUUGAAUGAAAAUACUUCUGAUCCUCCAAAUUGGAUACCAAAAACAAUGUUUCAAAAAAUGAAAAAUGAUCAAGUUGAUAUGGAACCUUUUGAUAAUUGUUUAAUUUGUGAUAGAAAAUGGCACCGAAUAUGUGCAUUAAAUAAUCGUAAAAUAAAUCCUGAAGGAUUUAUUUGUGAACAAUGUCGUGUUGAAAAAAGUAGACCACGCCCAGAAAAUAAAUUUACUGCCAAAAAAUUGCCACAUUGCCAAAUUAGUCGUUAUAUUGAAGACAGAGUUAACAACUUUUUGAGACAAAAACUAGAUGAAAAUGAUCCUGAAAUUGAAGUUAUAAUUCGUGUUCUUUCAAGUUCUGAUAAGGAAGUUGAAGUUAAACCUCAAAUGUUGAAAAAAUAUGGAGCCUCUGGUUAUCCUGAACGUUUUGCUUACCGCUCAAAAGCCAUUUUUGCAUUUGAAGUUUUGAAAGAUCCAGACACUGGUAUUUCAACAGAAGUUUGUUUCUUUGGUUUGUAUGUCCAAGAAUAUGGAACUAAUUGUGCUCAACCAAACCAAAGACGUGUUUAUAUCGCCUAUCUAGAUUCUGUUCAUUUCUUCCAACCGAGGCAUUUGAGAACUUCUGUUUAUUAUGAAAUCCUUUUGGGAUAUUUGCAGUAUGUCAAACGUCUUGGUUAUACAAUGGCACAUAUUUGGGCAUGCCCUCCUUCAGAAGGCGACGAUUAUAUAUUUCAUUGUCAUCCAACUGAACAAAAAAUUCCAAAACCUAAAAGAUUACAAGAUUGGUACAAAACAAUGUUAAAUAAUGGAAAUGAAGAAGGAACAGUCUAUAGCUAUAAAGAUAUAUUUAAUCAAGCAAAAGAUGAUGGACUUGACACACCAACGAGAUUACCUUAUUUUGAAGGAGAUUAUUGGCCUAGAAUAAUAGAUGAAUGUAUACAAAGUGCAGAAAAAGAUGAAGAAAUUGAUAAAAGAAAAGCUUUACAACAAGCACAAACGGAAGAUUCGUCAAACCUUUCGGAUGACGACACAUUCCAAACAGAUGAUGGAUUACCAGUUAAAAAACAACAAAAGACAAAUAAUAAUAAUCAUAAGAAGAAGAGUAACCUUAAAAAAUCAGCGCAAAAUACAAAAAAGAAGGGAGGUGUAACAACAGGCAAUCCUGUUGUUGAUCGUUUAUUUCAACAAUUGGAGAAGCAUCGCGACGUUUUCUUUACUAUUCGUUUAUUCUCUGUCCAUGAUGAACAAAUUAUCAUUGGACAAAAACCGAGAAUUGAAGAUCCGGAUCCUUUAAUUAGUUGUGAAUUGAUGGAUACAAGAGAUAAUUUUUUGGCAAAAUCGAGAGAUGAACAUUGGGAAUUUAGUCAAUUAAGAAGAGCAAAAUGGUCAACUCUCAACUUUUGUUAUACUUUACAUACACAAGAACAAGAAAACAAAGGGUUAAGUUAUACUUGCAAUGUUUGUGAACAAUCAGCCUCUUAUCAUUGCAAUACUUGCGAUGAUUACGACCUCUGUGAAUCCUGCAAAACAAAAAUUGACCAUCCUCACGAUAUGGAAAAAUUAUCACUUGUUGAAGAAAAAGCAUCUUCUGAUGCAUCCGCCGUUUCAAGAAAUGAGUCUAUAAAGAGAUGUAUUACUUCUCUUGUUCAUGCCUGCACAUGCCGGGAUGUAAAUUGUCGUCGUGGAACUUGUCACAAAAUGAAAAGGGUUAUUUCGCACACAAAGGCGUGCAAAAGAAGAGCAUCUGCUGGGGCAAAUUGUGCUGUUUGUAAACAAUUGAUUGCUCUUUGUUGUUAUCAUGCAAAACAUUGUACACAACCAAAAUGCCAGGUUCCAUUUUGCCAACAAAUUCGACAAAAAUUGCAAGAACAAAAACGAUCUCAAAAUCGUCAAGCUGAAAGAAUGAUGCAAAGAAGAAUGAUGAAAUUACAAAGUUCAGGAGGUGGUGGUGGUGGAAUGAAUGGAAGUGGUGUUGGGGGUGGUGGAGUAGCUAUUCCUUCAAGCAAUAUAUCAACAUCACAAGGAGGUGGAGGACCUCAAAUGGGCGGUGGAUGGGUACAACCUCCUUCCCAGUCACCUCUUAUGGCAGGUCAACCUGUUUAUGGCUCUUCACAAAUACUACAACAACAACAUAUAGCUGGAGGAAUUCAAUCAAACCAAGUUAUUCCAUCAAGUAUACAACAACAAUCACAUUUGCGUUUAAAUGGUCCAGCAGAAUUUCAUCAUAUUCAAAAUCAAUUACAAAAUCGUAUGGUUAACUCCCCUCCUAUUGGUGGACAACAACAAUCUGGAAGUAGUUAUCAUCAACAAAUAAUUGGAGGACCAAAUUCCCAUCCUCAUCAAAUGCCACCGGGCGUCGGAGGAGCGAGUAUUCAUCGAGUUCCCUCAGCUGGUACAAUUCACCAACAACACCCAUUAAUCUCUCAACAACAACAAAUAAAUCCUCCUUCUUAUGGAAUUCGUCCAAGUCCAAGCCAACAACAACAAAAUUUGUCUUUUGUUCAACAGCAACAACAACAAAUGGGACAGCAACAUAGACCUCAACAGCAACAUAGAUUUCAACAUUCACAGCAACCACCUCAACGUGGUGGAGGAGGCCAUCCAUUACCAGAACAACAGCAGCAACAACAACAACAAUUUCACCUAAUUUUUGAAAGGUUUAAAACAGCAACUUCUCCAGAAGAUAAGGAAGCAAUAUUCAAAGAUCUCAGAAAAACUCCUCAUUUAUUUAAUGCUUUUUUAAAAAUGACAAAAAGGGAAGGCCCAGAAGGUCAACAUAUUUUACAACAAAUGAGGCAUCCUUCAGAAUCAUCAACAUCCUCCUCCUCCCAACAACAACAAUUUAUUCAAAGACAAGGACAACCACAACAACAAUAUUUUCAAGGAGGAGGAAGAGGACAACAAAAUGGUGGUGCAAGUAUUUCACAAUUUAAUUCACCUCCGUCUUCUACCCAACAACAACAAUGGUUACAAUCACAACAACAAAUUCCUCAUUCAACACAAUCGCCUUCACAACAAAGAAAUAAUCCCACAUAA